CUUUUUCCCUCAGCAGAUCUCAACAUUGAGUCCUUCACACUGGUGUCUGCAGCUGUCCACUGAUAAACAUGAUUAUCUGGAUCCUGCUUGCAGCUGCACUUCUUGUCGCCCUUUUCCUUCGCUAUCCUUACUUUAUCCAGGAUGUCCAAUUCGUGCGGGAUCGGUUUAAAGCAAGGGAGCUUGUCUUAAAGUACAAGCAGACCAACUACUCCAUCCUGGACCGUUUUUCUGAGGUGGUGAAAGCGCAGCCACACAAACCCUUCGUGCUUUACAAAGACGAGACGUACAGCUUCCAGGACGCGGAUGAGCUGAGCAACAAAGCCGCACGAGUUUUCCUGCAGAUCGGACUCAAAGAAGGAGACAAGGUCGCGUUGUUUCUCAGAAAUGAGCCCAUGUUCCUGUGGAUGUGGCUGGGCUUGGUGAAGAUCGGAUGUUCCGGUGCUUUUCUCAACUACAACAUCAGAUCCAAGUCCCUGUUGCACUGCUUCAGCUGCGUCGGAGCCAAGACUCUGGUUGCAGCUGGAGAGUUACAGGAUGCUGUGGAGGAGGUCCUGCCCACUCUGCUGGAGCAGGGGAUCACUGUUCUCACCCUGGCUGACCGAACCGAAAACGCACACAUGCAGAGCUUCAAAGAAAAAAUGAACCAGGCCCUCUCGGGGCCUUUACCCGAGGGUUUAAGGUCACGUGUGAACGUGAUGAGUCCUGUAGCCUACAUAUACACAUCAGGGACAACAGGUUUACCUAAAGCAGCAGAGAUCUCUCACGCCAGACUGUGGUUCGUAGUUUGCUUCAUGUCUAAAAUGGGAAUGACCACCAAAGAUGUGAUCUACAUCAGCCUCCCACUCUAUCACACUGCCGGCUUCAUUGGAUUCGUUUCAGCCAUUGACAUAGGUAUCACCGUGGCUCUGAGGGAUAAAUUCUCUGCAUCUAACUUCUGGGACGACUGCAGAAAAUAUAACGUCACUGUCUUUCAGUACAUAGGUGAAAUCAUGCGCUACCUCUGCAACACACCAAAGCAACUCAAUGAUCGAAGCCACAAAGUGAGACUUGCGAUAGGCAACGGGAUCAGAGCUGAUGUUUGGAGGGACUUCAUCGACAGGUUUGGAAACGUCGAAAUCAAAGAGUUUUAUGGAGCAACUGAGGGGAAUUUCGGUUUGGUGAAUUACGUCGGCAAGAUCGGAGCUGUUGGCAGACACUUCUACUACUUAAAGAAGCAUUUUCCUUACGCUGUGAUCAAAUUCGACAUAGAAACAGCAACACCUCUGAGGGAUUCUUCUGGUUUCUGCAUAGAGGCUGACAAAGGUGAGCCUGGACUUCUGGUCACUGAGAUAUCACCAUGCGCUCCGUUUGGCGGUUAUGUUGGAGACCUUCAGCAAACUGAGAAGAAGAAGCUGCGGGACGUCUUCAAGAAAGGAGACUUGUACUUCAACACUGGUGACCUGCUGCGCAUUGAUGAAGAAAAUUUUUUCUACUUCCACGAUCGAGUCGGAGACACUUUCAGAUGGAAAGGAGAGAACGUGGCUACAACUGAGGUGGCUGACAUCCUCACAAUGGUCGACUGCAUUAAAGAAGCCAACGUGUAUGGAGUCACAGUGCCAGGUCAGGAGGGGCGAUGUGGGAUGGCUGCUGUCACGUUAAGAGAUGGACAGAGAUUUGACUCCACUGCUGUUUGUAAGCAAGUCGAAAACUUCCUGCCCGGCUAUGCGAGGCCACGUUUUCUCAGGCUUCAGAACUCCAUGGACAUUACAGGCACCUUCAAGCAUUUGAAGGCGAAACUGGUGGAGGAAGGUUUCAACCCAAAUAAGAUAACCGAGCCACUCUUCUAUCUGGAUGAAAAAGUCAUGGAUUACGUCCCACUUACGCUGGAUAUAUUCAACGGUGUUACAUCAGGGAAGAUUAAAUUUUAAUUCUUCUUCUCCUGCUGGCACUGUGACACAUCAAGCCACUGCGAUGCUGAGCUCAUUUGAGAGGCUGCUUUCUGAUGAACUCUUGUGAUUUUAUUUUUAUGUGUUUACAUAUGUUCUUCUACUUCAUCAGAAAUUCCACACAUAUCCAUAAAUGACUUAAAUUCUCCAGAGAGCAUGUUAUAGCCUGUUGCACUGAGAGGGCAUUGAUUUACUUGAAGCAAGAGAGCAAGUUUUUCCAGUUGAGGAAAUGGCUCCUCACUCAAACUGUGACUUCUUGCUGCGUACCAUUCUGUUCUAUUGAGGCUAUUGUCAGUGCAGGAGCUGGAAUCUGUGCCUUGUAAACAAAAGAUGUCUUCUUGUAUGACUGUUGAUCAUUAGGCAUUACGUCCCUCCCUCUCUACAGAGCUGAAUGAUUGGAGGAAAAUAAUUGAUACAGAUUUUUUUCUGAUGAGUACUGUGAAUUGUAACUAUUUUCUUAAAAUUAAAUGCUGGACUUUUUAGUAAUCUAUAUACUUUUUACACAAACUUUUAUUGUAGCAAUCAGAAAUAUAAAUUCCUUGUGUUUCUUCUUAAAUAGAAAAAUGAACUUGUUACUUAGAUCCCUAAAUGUUACUUGUCAUUAUAGCUAGUUAUAUCAACAAUGGCUGUCUAAACCUACAGCAUAUUAAAGGAGUACUUCACCCAUAAAAUCAUCAUGUGCAUAUCAAUUACUCGCCGUGUUACCUUGAUUAGUGAAGAAAACUUUGUUGAUGAAUUGUAGUAAUAAGGGGUUUGCAUUUACAACAGCAAAACUAUUUCUGCAGUAUAGUCCAAGUCUCAUUUAUCCAGCUGUAUGCUCAGUACUUCCCAAACACAUGCAUUUUGGCUAAAACCGUACAAUUUAAAACACUUCAGCAUACGAGUCGGGCUCCUGCAAGUGCAUGUGUUGCUGCUGAAUUGCAUGGACGAGCGGAUUUCAAAGUAUGCCUUUAAGACGCUGUAACAAAGCUUUUUCAUUGCAUCAAGCUGCAGGAAAACCACAGGUGUAAUUUAUAACUUAAAUAAGACCUGUGCUCCUCUGAUUGGCCUUUUCCACUGUCACUUUUGGCAGCACCGUUUCAAGCCAUGCCGCAAUGAUUUGCGUUUCUAUUAUCAGUGGAGACACACCAUGCCACGCCGGGCUGCACCAAAGACGGACCUCCUAUCGAGUGUGUCCAAAAGCCGGGCUGCCCACCCUCAAAUGAGUAGUGGUGAUGUCACACUACAGCUAGUCUGAGUGGGCGGAAGUUCGCUGCAUAAAUCGACCUCUCAUUGGGCGGAACGAGCCACCCGCUGAAGUCCCGCGCUACCACCGCUGGUUGUGUAGCAGUUUUCAACUCAUGCUUUACUAACUUUUGCGGUGUUUGAUCUUGCGGGGAUGUAGCCAUUUUUCUGCCAUGGUUCGCGUCCUGUAGGCGAUAUUUUUGUGGGCGUGUUACACCAAAACCUGUUUCCCCCUGGCAAUAUUUUUGCAAGCGCACCGUUGCUGUGGCACUGCCAAGAACGAUUGUGAUUGGUUGAAAGAAAUAAAAAAAGCCGGGGCAUUUUUUUCUCCAAUCUUAAAGUGAGAGUCGGCCCAGCCAGACCUUUCUUUUCUAUCUGCCGAUACCAGAGAGAGGCAUUUUUAAAAGUCUCUGUGUGUUCAUUUCUCAGUACUUUUGGAGCUUCUAACUGAAUCUCUGUGGUUUGGAGUUCAGUUUCUCUCCUGCACCCUGUUUGUACUAAAGAUAUCUGCUUUAUUUUACUGUUUCAUGUUUGCUAUCAGCCGUGUAAAGUUGUGUAAAGUUGGUGCUUGAGAAAUUCCUUAUUUUGCUGCUUCAAAAUAAAAGCUUUCUGACAACAAAAUAACGUGGGACUUUUAUUGUGAAGAAUCUGUAGGAAAUUAAAUACGCUUAUCACACAAUUAGCGGAACUUUGUUAGCAGCUUUUCUUCAAUACUCAAGAUUAAUCAUACAGCAGGGAGGAAA